AUGGAGCAAGGAGAUAGUAGUAGAGAAGUACCACCAGUUGGGUUGGAAAUUAUGGAGCAAGAACAACAAGACACUGCAACUGAGGCUCUUAUCCCUCCUAUUGACCAUAGUAGAAAGAGAAGGAGGCCUAAUGCGGAUGGUCCCAAGAAAAAAUCUUCAUGUUGGGACCAUUUUAUCGAAUUAACUGAUGUUGUGGAACGAACUGCUGCCUGUAAGCAUUGCCAUAAACGAUAUAGAUGUGAUCCUAAAUCACACGGAACGUCUAACAUGCUCGCCCACUCCAAAAUUUGUUACAAAAAUCCUUACCUAGAAAAUGACCUGAAACAAACCAACCUUGCUUUUGGUAGUGGUGGCUUGAUUUCUGUUAGCCCAAAGUUUGAUAAAGAAGCUUGUAGAAAGGCAAUAACUCUGUUUGUUAUCCUUGAUGAACACCCAUUUAGAGUAGUUGAUGGUGAGGGUUUUAUAUUCUUAUGUAAUCAAUUAGAACCACUUUUGACUAUCCCAUCUAGGAGGACAGUUGCUAGGGAUUGUUUUCAGUUGUAUCUAGAUGAGAAGUUGCGAUUGAAAGCUUAUUUUAGGUAUGAUUGCAGCAGGGUAGCACUUACUACAGAUUGUUGGACUUCCAUUCAAAACCUUAGCUAUAUAACAGUUACAGCUCACUUUGUUGACAAUGAUUGGAACUACCAAAAAAGAAUCAUUAGCUUUAGUUUAGUUCCUAAUCACAAAGGGGAGACCAUUGGUAGAAAACUUGAGGAUGUAUUGAGGGAAUGGGGUCUUAGAAAUGUGUCUACAAUCACUGUUGACAACGCAUCGUCCAACGAUGUAGCUGUAGCAUAUUUAAAGAAAAGGGUUCAUAUCAAGAAUGGAUUAAUGGGUGAAGCUGAUUUUUUUCAUAUGCGCUGCUGCGCACAUAUUUUGAAUUUAAUUGUUAAUGAUGGAUUGAAAGAACAAGAUUCAUCUGUGUCAAGCAUUCGUAAUGCUGUGAGAUUUGUGAGAUCUUCACCACAAAGGGCAUUGAAAUUCAAAGAGUGUGUUGAAUUUUCUAGGAUUACUUGUAGGAAACAUCUAUGUCUCGAUGUUUCCACGAGGUGGAACUCGACAUACAUGAUGUUGGAUGCUGCUGAGAAGUUCCAAACAGCAUUUGAAAAAUUAGAAGGAGAAGAUGUAGGGUAUGUGGAAUGGUUUGGACGUCAUGGUCCUCCUUGCUAUACUGAUUGGGAAAAGGCUAGGGCCUUUGUGAAAUUUUUGAAAAUUUUCUAUGAAGCCACCAAGGUAUUUUCUUCAUCUCAACAAGUGUCAUUGCACACUGCUUACCACCAAUUAUCAUCUGUUUUUGGUGAGCUUCAAGAAGCAUCUAUGAACUUGAACUCUGAUUUAGCCUCAGUAGGACAUGAGAUGAAGCGUAAGUACGAUAAAUAUUGGGGAGAGGAAAAGAACAUCAAUCAAUUUCUUUAUUUUGGAGUGAUUUUUGACCCUCAUUAUAAGUUUAGAUAUAUUGAGUGGUCUUUUGAUCAAGUUCACGGGGAAGGGACCGAAAAAUCUAUGAAAAUGGCCAAAAAUGUCAAGGAUAAUUUGUUUAAAUUGUACACCUGGUACAAAUCUGCCCAUGACCAAACUAAUGUGACCAUUCGGUCAUCCGGUCCAUCAGAUAAUCAAUCUGUUGUUGAUGCUCAACCUAGAAAUUCUUCACAUUUUCUAAGGGCUGAUGCAUUUAAGCAACAUUUGAAGGAUAAAGAUACCAUUGAUAAAAAAAAUGAACUUGAGAGCUUCGGAGAGUGCAUUUAG